UACGUUUGCCACUAUUUCCGAUAACAAACAGCCGCGUUAUGAAUAGUUCUUAGGUUGGCGAGCCGACGAUUCACUCGUAGCGUUAACGUUUUACUCCGACAUCGGUCACUAAUGUAUUCGAGGGAGAAUGUCAUCCGACUCAACUGUAGACUUCGAAAAUCACCAAUAUCGCACCAUGAUGAACAGUGAUGACACUGGCGUCAUGUCCAUCGACCAGGGUGGCGAGUGGGACAUCACCCUGUUUGAUGAAUUGGAAAACCUGGGAGGUUCAGAUGAGUUUCUCAAAGCCCUGGAGUAUGCUGGCUAUGAUACUGAUAUUCCUAACCUGGACUUUGACCUGGACUUGACUCCCUGGAACCAAGACAGCCCCUGCACCGAUGGUGAGGUGAGUGUGGACUCUCUGUCACCUGCCCACACCCUGAGCUCCGUCUCCUCCCCUGCCUCAGUGGAAGCCUUGUCACCGUACUCAUUAUCAGAUGAGGUCCUGUCUCUACAGUCCCUGCUGUCACCAGUCUCGGUCUGCUCAGACUCCAGUGGCUUCUCAGAGGUCCCCCCACCAGCCAAGAAAGCCCCAAAGAAGAACAGCGAAGCCACGCGAGCUAGAGCAGCUCAGCCAGCGAAAAGGCCCAUCCAGUUUAACCCCAAGGUGUCCAUCCAACCUAAGCCGGUGGUGACAGCCGUACCUCUGGCCCACGCUGCAGCGCCCCUGCAGACCAAGUUCAUCAUACAGACCGUGCUGCCGCUGGUCAAACCAGCUCCGGUCAGCAUUCAGCCAGCGCCUCCUGCAGGCAAACCUGUGGUGUUGCCUCAGUCGGGCCAGGUGCUUCAGAUCCAGACGCCACCGGCCAUCACCAGCCACGUGGUCAACAUGCCAACACUGAGCCAGAAACGCCCAGCCCCCAUCGCGGGUCCUCCGAUGGUCUCCGUCUCGCUCAGAACCCCCUCAGACGAUGACUCAAUGGUGUCCCAGAGGCAGCAGCGGUUGAUUAAGAACCGCGAGUCUGCGUCCCUGUCUCGGAAGAAGAAGAAGGAUUACCUGCUGGCGCUGGAGGCUCGUCUGAAGGUGACACUGUCUGAGAAUGAGGCGCUGAAGCAUGAGAAUGGAAACCUGAAGAAACAGCUUGAGGGACUUCUGUUUGAGAACACAGCCCUCAAGUCUUCAGCCCCCAAGCGUAAAGCUGUGUGCGUCAUGGUGGUUCUGGUGUUCCUCGUGCUCAACGUGGGACCCAUGAGUCUCUUCCAGAGUGGCCUCAGCUCCACGCUGUCGACCGGCUCCGCGCAGCACAGCGGCCGUCACCUGCUGGGCUUCUCCCCAGAGACAGAGGCCGGGGUGGGCCCCGAGCCCCUCGGUAGCAGCCCCCCUCAGACAGCUGACAGCUCAGAAGAUAAGGCCUUGAUGGUGGUGAAGGACCCUGAGUUCCUCAGGCCCCCUGCUCCCUGCCAGCCACCUAUCAACAGGACCAAGUGCAUGGAGUUGGCCCAUGAGUUGAGAGGUUGGGUCCACCGGCACGAGGUGGAGCAGACCAAAUCAAGGCGAAUGAGUAAAGGCCACCACAAACCCACCAGGACCAUCUUGAAAGCAGAGGAUAAGGAGGAUGACAUUGGCCGGAUAGUAACAGUCCAAUACACAGAAACCUCAGAGGAGAACAGGAAUCCCGGCAGUGAGCUGCAGGUGUACUACGCCCCUCAUCGCACCUACAGCGACUUCUUCGACGAAAUCAACCGUCGCGGGGACACAUUCUACAUCGUGUCUUUCCGCAGGGAUCACCUCCUGCUUCCUGCCACCAGCCACAACAAGGGAAGUCGGCCCAAGAUGUCCGUGGUGCUGCCGGCUAUGAACACAAACGACAGCAUAAUAAGAGACGAGGAGUUCCAGGUGAUGAUGCAGAUCGACUGCGAGGUCACAGACACCAGGAUCCUUCACAUCAGGUCCUCCAGCAUCCCGCCUCUGCUGCGAGUCAACCGCACUGACUACCAGUCCCCCCCACCUGACAGCCAGCCCAUGCCUCCGGUUGGGGUUCUCAUGGGUUCCGCAUAAGAUCACCAUCUCUUUGGUUCUUUUGUUGUUUUUUUUUGGGGGGGGGGUUUGUUUUAGGGGAUGGUUUGAUAAAGCUGAUGUAUAAUUCCACAGUUUCCCGCCAACUUUCUUUCUCGGCAUUGAUAUCCGGAGGUAGGUUAUCUUUAACAGGGUCCUGGAAGUGGAUGACUCAUUCCUUGUGUGGCAACACCAGCUUCUCGCUGUGACCCCCAGACGCCCCACUCAAGGGUAAUUGCCGCGCGGUGGGGUGCAGAGGGUUGAACCCUGAGCGACCCCAUCAUAACACAAAUAACUAAGACCCUGCCGCAGCCCUCUUCCAGUCUGCCGAGUUUUUUUUGUUUUUUUGGUUGUUAUUGUCUGGCGGAGCUGCAAAGCCGGGACGUGUCAGAAAUGUCUCACUGAAAAGUUCAUGUCAGUUGUUGGGUUUCUUUAAGCUUAGCCAGAAAAUGCAAAUUGUUCUUUUCCCCCCACUGUUGGCUCAUCUCUUAUAUGUGGGAUUUUUUUGCGCUGCUCUUCUUCAAGAACAUGUUUUUUGUUUGUCAGAUAGGAAAAUAUUAAUCAGAGAAUGAUAAAGAUUGAAUUAUUGAGCACCAGGUCAGCGGUGAGGCAGCUUGUAAGGGAAAGGGUACAUUUUUCCUCAAAUAAAUAAAGACUCCGCUUGGGAAUGGUGGUGGAUGAAGCCAUGCGGGGGUUGUCCUCAUAGUCGUAGGCUAGUUUGUUGCAAACAUUUUCUCAUCAUAAGUUCUUAGACUCCUUAUUGCAGUUGAAGUAGUUGUUUUAUUUGAGACCGAGACACUGACCAGCCAAAACAUUAAAACCACUGACAGGUAAGUGGCGAGCACUGAUUAUUUGGUGACAGUGGUACUUGUCAAGCGGUGGGAUGUAUUAGGCAGCAAGUCAACAGGAAGUUCUUCCCCUCCCCCUUUUUCUCCCCAAUCGUACCUGUCCAGUUACCCCACUCUUUGGAGCCGUCCCGGUCGCUGCUCCACCCCCUCUGCCGAUCCGGGGAGGGCUGCAGACUACCACAUGCCUCCUCUGAUACAUGUGGUGUCACCAGCUGCUUCUUUUCACCUGACAGUGAGGAGUUUCGCCAGGGGGACGUGGCGUGUGAGAGGAUAACGCUAUUCCUCCAGUUCCCCCUCCCCCCGAACAGGUGCCCCGACUGACCAGAGGAGGCGCUAGUGCAGUGACCAGGAAACAUACCCACAUCCGGCUUCCCACCCGCAGAUGCGGCCAGUUUCUGUAGGAAUGCCCGAGCAAGUUGGAGGUAACAGGGGGACUCGAACCAGCGAGCCCCGUGUUGGCAGGCCAUGGAAUGGACUGCCACGCUACCCGGACGCCCUGAACAGUCAGUUGUUGAAGCAGGAAAAAUGGGCACGUGUAAGGAUCUGAGUGAGUUUGAGAAGGGUCAGAUUGUGAUGGCUAGACGACUGGGUCAGAGCAUCUCCAAAACAGCAGGUCUUAUGGGGUGUUCCCGGUAUGCAGUGGUCAGUACCUACCAAAAGUUGUCCAACGAAGGACAACCGGUGAACCGGCAACAGGGUCGUGGGCUCCCAAGGCUCAUUGAUGCACGUGGGGAGCAAAAGCUAGCCCGUCUGGUCCGAUCCCACAGAAGAGCUACUGUAGCUCAAGUUGCUGACAAAGUUAAUGCUGGCUAUGACAGACAGGUGUCAGAACACACAGUGCAUCACAGCUCGCUGUGUACGGGGCUGUGUAGCUGCAGACCGGUCAGUGCCUCUGAUGACUCCUGUCGACCGCUGAAAGCGCCUACAAUGGACACGUGAGCGUCAGAACUGGACCAUGGAGUGAUGGAAGAAGGUGGCCUGGUCUGAUGAAUCACGUUUUCUUUUACGCCAUGUGGACAGCCGGGUGCGUGUGCGUCAUUUACUUGGGGAAGAGAUGGCACCAGGAUGCACUAUGGGAAGAAGGCAAGCCGGCAGAGGCUGCCGGAAUGACGCUCGGGGCAAUGUUCUGCUGGGAAACCCUGAGUCCUGGCCUUCAUGUGGAUGUUAUUUUGACACGGACCGCCUCCCUCGACAUCGUUGCAGACCAGGUACCCCCCUUCAUGACGAUGGUAUCCCUGAUGGCAUGGCGUCGGGGUAAUGUGGUGGCUGAUUGGUGUGGACUCAGGACUAACCACUGUUUUGGCGGCAGUAAACACAGAAUCCAUAUGCUUUUUCUCAGCAUUGGCUGGAUGAAGGAUUUCUGUUUGUUUUUGGUUCUCUAUUUGUGCUGUGUUUCACUUGCAGUGCUUAAUAGAUCCGAGUGCAUAUUGAUAUGAAUGUUGUGUAAUCAUUACCCUUCUCUGGGAACGCAAGCCGCAUGUCCACAGUCCUACCUAAAGCAAAGGUUCAUCACCGAAGGUUGAAUCGGUUCACCUGGACACAGCGUUUGUGGACAGACAGGUCUCAUCACUCAUCUAAUGCCCCUUUUCCACUACAUGGUACUGCCUCGGCUCGACUCGACUCGGCUCACCCUUUUUUUGUUUUCCAUUACUGGAAAGUACCGGCAUUUGGGUAACCAAUACUACUUUUAUUUUUCUCUUUUGUAUUACCGCCUUUGUCGAGGUUCCAAAACCGGAGCGGGUACACUGAGAGGGUACCGUUACAGGAACGGAAAACGACACAGAAGCGAGUCGAGUCGACGUGAGGCAGUACCAUGUGGUGGAAAAGGGGCAUAAGUGACCUCUUCAGUCUCAGCUGACUGCAGGUAUCCCCCCCGCCAUAAACAAUACAGUGGCAUAACGACCCAAACCAACGAUCGGUUUCAUAUGCAAACCGCGGGGGGGAGGGGGCUAAGAUUACGUCAGUCACCAUUUUAGCUGUGAUUGCAUCAUUCCCAAGAAGGUCCUGAGCUCGAGCCCCGGGAUAGUCCAACCUUGGGGGUCGUCCCGGGUCGUCCUCUGUGUGGAGUGUGCAUGUUCUCCUCGUGUCUGCAUGGGUUUCCUCCGGGUGCUCCGGUUUCCUCCCACAGUCCAAAGACCUGUAGGUCAGGUGACUCGGCCGUACUACAUUGUCGCUAGGUGUGAAUGCGUGUGCGUGUGUGUGUGUGUGUGUGUGUGUGUGUGUGUGUGUGUGUGUGUGUGUGUGUGUGUGUGUGUGUGUGUGUGUGUGUAUUGGCCCUGUGAUGGACUUGUGGCCUGUCCAGGGUGUCUCCCCGCCUGCCGCCCAAUGACUGCUGGGAUAGGCUCCAGCGUCCCCGCAGCCUGAGAGCAGGAUAAGCGGUUUGGAUGAUGGAUGGAUGCAACAUUCCCGCGUCCUGUGUGAGUAGUACACAUGGCCGUUGAAAGUUUAGUUAAUGCUCGCGGUAAUUUGCCGUGAAUCGAACACAUUGUGUGUCGUUGGCUCGACAUGCGGAGCCAAUCUCCUUCGGAGUCCGUUGGUUAACUCCUUACUGGUGUGGAAACGUAGGUCGAUUUCAUUCCCUGGCUCAUGUCAGAAGCAGGGAGGUCCGACGUUCUGCAGACAAAACCGUUGUCGUGUGCGAGGCACGACUUCAGCCUGGGAUUCUCCCUCUUCCAGCUGACUCACACUUCGUCAGAAGUGCACUUGCAGAAAGCCAUUGCUUCAGUUCGCCGUAUUGAAACAUGUUGUAGUUAAGUGGGUGUUGUUGGGAUGUUGUCUGAUGAUGUGUGCGACUUACUCUCAACUUCUGCCUACACGCUGUGCAAUGACGGUGUCGGUGUUACUUCCUGUGACGGUGCGUGCUGCUUCCUGUGGUGGGGUGCGGGGUCUUGUUCCGUAUGACGAGCAGAAGGCCGCUGUUGAGGAGAGCUUGUCUUGCUCUUAACACGGUGUCCUGCUGGUUUUAAGGUGUGAUACCCUAUGUACUCGUCUGUCCCAAAACAUACCAUGCUUCUUCUUACUGUCAUGCAAAAACAGCUCUAGUGUGUCUCAAAAGACCCCCUAAAGUACACUAAAACACUGUCGUUUUGUGUGUGCAAAAACACCUCUAGUGUAUUUCAAAAGACCCCCCUAAAGUACACUAAAACGGUGUCGUUUUGUGUGUGCAAAAACAGCUCUAGUGUGUCUCAAAAGACCCCCCUAAAGUACACUAAAACGGUGUCGUUUUGUGUGUGCAAAAACAGCUCUAGUGUGUCUCAAAAGACCCCCCUAAAGUACACUAAAACAGUGUCGUUUUGUGUGUGCAAAAACACCUCUAGUGUGUCUCAAAAGACCCCGCUAAAGUACACUAAAAUGGUGUCGUUUUGUGUGUGCAAAAACAGCUCUAAUGUGUCUCAAAAGACCCCGCUAAAGUACACUAAAACGGUGUCGUUUUGUGUGUGCAAAAACAGCUCUAGUGUGUCUCAAAAGACCCCGCUAAAGUACACUAAAACGGUGUCGUUUUGUGUGUGCAAAAACAGCUCUAGUGUGUCUCAAAAGACCCCCCUAAAGUACACUAAAACGGUGUCGUUUUGUGUGUGCAAAAACAGCUCUAGUGUGUCUCAAAAGACCCCCCUAAAGUACACUAAAACGGUGUCAUUUUGUGUGUUCAUAUAAAAAGCCUGCCAUGUUUAUGUGUGUUGUUCUUGUCAGUUGCAGAAGUGGAGAACAAUAAAGUUUUAACGGCUCCUGGUGCGUGUGUAUUCAGGGACAAAUGAAGAAUAAAGUGAACAUUUUGUUGGAUAUGUUAUUUUGUAUCGCCAGAUUUGUGUGUCAAUAAAACACUGGAUUU